CAUUCACCCUAUCAAUGUAGCACGCCUCAACUGUUUCACACACAGAUCCGUUUCAAGACAGCCAUCAAUAUCUGGAUGCUUGAAGCCUGCAGAGAUCUUCGGAGGGGCAGACGCUAUCUUCAUUAGGAUCAAACGCAAAACAAAAAGACUAAUCCAAUGAAUCUACAUGUGGACUUCAUUGCUUUCUAUUUGCUCAGGUCAGCCAGAUGAACACACACAUAACAGCCCACAAAGCCAAGGUAAGGCAUCUGUGCAUCUUCCUUAUCCUGUGCUUUCAUUUGGUGUAUGCUGGUGUGCCAGGUCCAUGUAAGCACUCUGUCACCCAGGACCAUCUCUUAAAUUUAAGACGUCUGAUAAAGAACCAGCUGCAAAAUGGUUGUUCAAUAACCUACACCUUCACUGAGCGGCAGAACCUGAGUGUUGUGUGUUAUGUUAAAGCAGCUUUCCCUCAUAUACUGGAGCUACUCAACACCCAAUUCAGAUAUGCUAAGGACUCAGACAAUUACCGCUAUACUAAUUCUCUGAAGAACUUGAUCUACAACAUUUACUCCCAGAGAUGCAUCCCUCCAAUCAAUGAGGAGAUUGAGGAUAGCCCAAUGAAGUUCUUAAGAACCCACAUGACUUUGCCCAGGGGAGCUUUGGAGAAAGCUGAGGAAGUGAUUCGCAUGUAUAUGGGUCUGAUGACUCAGAGCGACAAACCUGUGGACUGGAACUGUGAGGAAGAGUACACAGAAGAUUUCCCAGAAUCCACCACUGAACCUCUCAGCCAAACAGCAGGUGCCUCCGAUUGCCCCUGCAUUUGUCCAACAGUGAGCAUUGGAUCAUCUAAGACAUCUGCAUCCACAAGCCAUUGGAAUAUUAACCUGAAACCUACUCCAUCCUCACAAAGAUCAUCCUUUUCAUCUGUGGUAACCUUGCAGGGUGGUAAUGAAAGAACUAAACAAUUCAAGUCUGCUCUCCCUCUAGCUCUAGAGACGCCUGCCACAUGGAGAUCAACACAAGGAGAUUUAUCCAACUUCCUCUUUGGUAGCACUCCAGCUUUUCAUGAAGAAACUUCAAAUUCAGAGAUGGACCAUUUGCCAUCACUGGAUCUUUCCCCUUCACUUACAAAUUUCCAGGAUGUAUUUCCGAGCAGAACUGACUCAAGAGCUGAGUCAACCUCUUCUGGCCCCAAUCAAAAAAGCGAUAGCACGCAGGACAGUGUGGAGAGGAGUGCACCGCUUUUACUUGCCAAGAGGUCUUUAGAUUCCAAAAGCCAAGAAGCACCAUCAAGUUCCUAUGUGAAAUUAUCACAGAACUGGGUUACUGCAACAUCUGAGCCAACAUAUAAAGAUAUUAAGACCACAGAGAUAAAAGGCAAGCCUUCCCAAAUGCUUCAACUGAUUAAACACAUUGUACCAGUCACAACCACAGUUCUGUCUUUGAAAGCAGCUGCGCAUUCAUCAGAAGGCCUGCGCAACCUUGUUGAACAGCCAGGUCAUUUAAACAGCCCUCCUGAAAAUUUCCAAACACACACCCAAAGUCCGGUGAGGGUGCCAAGGAAUUUAAUGAGAACCAUCCAUGAGGCGAAGCUCAGCAAAGACAGCAGAUCCCAGGAGGAUAGGCAGGAGGUGAAAGACCAGACUCAUCCAGACAGAGAAACACACUGGAACUCUGCCACAGAACAAUCCAGCAGUACAAUCAUCUCUUUUGGCACCGUGCUCAUAAUUACAUUAGGGUGUGGUGGACUUCUGCUCAUGACUGUCCUGAUUUACAGACAGCAAAAAGUAAGUGACUCACAAUUCAUUUUUGCUCUGCUGAAAAGACCCGCUUAGA